GUUGCUGCUUUGGUAAGAGAACAUCAGUGACUGAUGGUGUUUUCAUUCAGCGUAAAGUGCUUUAUUGCCUUUAUGGAUUGACUGAACAAAUUCAGCUAAUAAUUUUAGUGACCCAGAUUCAAGCAAUAAUACUUUCCUUUGGAAAUAUCACAUGGUUUUGCCUGUGUCUGCUGUUCUAGAGGAAGGAAGCACAUAGAGUCCAUGAGGCACAGAACAGUAGAGCCUCUUGUUCAGUCACCAGAAGGGUCUCUUUGAAAGAAUCGUCACAGGACCACCAGAGAGACGAACUCUUCUGAAGCAUCAUGUGUUGAAACAACUGAAACUUUUCACCUGUGGAGUAACUAGACACAGUUACUAUGUUUUCAACCCUCUGAGCUCCAGGAAGCUGGGAGAGCGAGCUGAACAUCUGAAGAUGCGGCCAUGGACUGGCUCCUGGCGUUGGAUUAUGCUCAUUCUUUUUGCGUGGGGGACCUUGCUAUUUUAUAUAGGUGGACACUUGGUUCGAGAUAAUGACCACCCUGAUCACUCUAGUCGAGAACUAUCUAAGAUUCUGGCAAAGCUUGAACGUUUAAAGCAGCAGAAUGAAGACUUGAGGCGAAUGGCUGAAUCUCUCCGGAUACCAGAAGGCCCCAUUGAUCAGGGGCCAGCUACAGGAAGGGUACGUGUUUUAGAAGAGCAGCUUGUUAAGGCCAAAGAACAGAUUGAAAAUUACAAGAAACAAACCAGAAAUGGUCUGGGGAAGGAUCAUGAAGUCCUAAGAAGAAGAAUUGAAAAUGGAGCUAAAGAGCUCUGGUUUUUUCUACAGAGUGAAUUGAAGAAAUUAAAGAAUUUAGAAGGAAAUGAACUCCAAAGACAUGCAGAUGAAUUUCUUUCAGAUUUAGGACAUCAUGAAAGGUCUAUAAUGACAGAUCUAUACUACCUCAGUCAAACAGAUGGAGCAGGUGACUGGCGGGAAAAAGAAGCCAAAGAUCUAACUGAGCUGGUCCAACGAAGAAUAACAUAUCUCCAGAAUCCCAAGGACUGCAGCAAAGCCAAGAAGCUGGUGUGUAACAUCAACAAAGGCUGUGGCUAUGGCUGUCAACUCCAUCAUGUGGUCUACUGCUUCAUGAUUGCAUAUGGCACCCAGCGAACACUCAUCUUGGAAUCUCAGAACUGGCGCUAUGCUACUGGAGGAUGGGAGACUGUGUUUAGGCCUGUGAGUGAGACAUGCACAGACAGAUCUGGCAUCUCCAGUGGACACUGGUCAGGUGAAGUCAAGGACAAAAAUGUUCAAGUGGUCGAGCUCCCCAUUGUAGACAGUCUUCAUCCCCGUCCUCCUUAUUUACCCUUGGCUGUGCCAGAAGAUCUCGCAGAUCGACUCCUACGAGUCCAUGGUGACCCUGCGGUGUGGUGGGUGUCUCAGUUUGUCAAAUAUUUGAUCCGCCCACAACCUUGGCUGGAAAAGGAAAUAGAAGAGGCCACCAAGAAGCUUGGCUUCAAGCAUCCAGUUAUUGGAGUCCAUGUCAGACGCACAGACAAAGUGGGAACAGAAGCAGCCUUCCACCCCAUUGAGGAGUACAUGGUGCACGUUGAAGAACACUUUCAGCUUCUCGCACGCAGAAUGCAAGUGGAUAAAAAAAGAGUGUAUCUGGCCACGGAUGACCCUUCUUUAUUAAAGGAGGCAAAAACAAAGUAUCCCAAUUACGAAUUUAUUAGUGAUAACUCUAUCUCUUGGUCAGCUGGACUGCACAAUCGGUACACAGAAAAUUCCCUUCGGGGUGUGAUCCUGGAUAUACAUUUUCUGUCCCAGGCAGACUUCCUUGUGUGUACUUUUUCAUCCCAGGUCUGUCGAGUUGCUUAUGAAAUCAUGCAAACACUGCAUCCUGAUGCCUCUGCAAACUUUCAUUCUUUAGAUGACAUCUACUAUUUUGGGGGUCAAAAUGCCCACAACCAGAUUGCUAUUUAUCCUCACCAACCUCGAACUGAAGAGGAAAUCCCCAUGGAACCCGGAGAUAUCAUUGGUGUGGCCGGAAAUCAUUGGGAUGGCUAUUCUAAAGGUGUCAACCGAAAACUGGGAAGAACAGGUUUAUACCCCUCCUACAAAGUCCGAGAGAAGAUAGAAACAGUGAAGUACCCCACAUACCCUGAGGCUGAGAAAUAGAACUCAGGUAGAAGAGAUGGACAGCCAGCUCAGCUCGAACUGUUUCAGUCAACCAGUAGGUGAAGAAGGCCCUGGCCUAACAGUGACCAACUGGGAACCGACAGAUACUUUAUUGGUGGCGUUCCUCGUUAACAAGGGCUACAGUGCCCUCAAACCCAUGCACAGUACAGUAAUGUACUCACACGUAACAUGCAAGCAGAUUGUUUUCUACUUUGCCCUUUCUUUAAAUAUUAUGUCCCCAUGAACCAAACACUGCCACAUUGUGUAAUUUAAGUGACACAGACAUUUUGUGUGAGAUUUCAAACAUGGUGCCUAUAUCUGAGAGACCUGUGUGACUUACUGAGAAGACCCGAACUAGUUCCCUAACCAUGGGGAAGUUGAUCGUUAGCCAGUGGUGGUGUUGUGACCACUGAAUUCACUCCAAUCAACAGAUUCAAAAUGAGAAUGGAUGUUUUUCCCUUUAUAGGAUUGUCUGGAUCUUUUUUUUUAAGUAAUUGCAUCAGUUCAUUCACCUCAUCAUUAAUAAGUGAAGGAUACAUCAGAAAAUAAAAUAAUUCACUCUCUACUAGGAACUUUUGUAAAGUAAUGCCAUGAACAAAUUCUUUAGUACUCAAUGUUUCUGGACAUUCUCUUUGAUAACAAAAAAUAAAUUUUAAAAAGGAA